AUGCCUCUAGAACAUGCUGAGGUGUCUGUGUUUACCACUGUAAUUAAAGAUUUGGCCCAGAAAAGAACAGCUGCAGCAGGUCUGGUUUCCCUGUCGGACUAUAUUUUUGUUGAGGAGGAGGCUGAUAAAGAAUUUGUGUGGUCUCUGUGGAAACAUCUCCAAGUGUCAAGUCCAGAUCUUACUCAAGCUAUCAGCUUGGUUGUGGAAAGAGAAAAGCAGAAAGCUGAAGUCAAGGACAGGAGGGUUUUAGAGAUUUUGCAAGCUAAAGACGGCGAAAUAGAAACCCUAGAACAGAGUGAGAGUAUUCUACAGCAGGAGAUAAACAACUUAAUACAGAGAAAAAUUGCUGUGGAUGAGGAAAAUGCUCAUUUGAAGAAAGAACUCAGUAACUUGAACCAGAAAUUUAAAGAUAAAAGCCAAGAACUUAAGGACACUGAGGAGUGUGCACAGAAGAAGGAAGAGCAAAACAGACUGGUUAUAAAAAACCUGGAGGAGGAAAAUAAGGGAUUAAAUACAUGCUGUGCUGACCUGCUAAAUGACCUGGAGAAACUGAGGAAGCAGGAGGCACAAUGGAAAACAGAAAAAUCUGGCAAUGAUGCCACAAUAAAG